AUGUCAGCAGAUCUCUUUGCGGCGUUUGGACAGCCUGAUUCCUCAUCACAGCCCACCACCGCCUCGAACGAUGCCAACUUGUCGACAACCGGACCGGUCAAGGGACAGCCCGGUGCUUUGUUAGACACGGAUGUCGACCCAAGAGAUGCUACUGCGCCACAGACCUCGAUAUUUGAAUCCUGGCAGCCACCUGCGCUGGAGCGGGCGAGCAGUGAUGCCGAGGUGCUCUUUGAUGCCACGACGGAACCACCUCCGGGUAGCAACGACGGAGAUGCAGACGACGAUGAGUGGGGGGAGUUUGAGAGUGCAGAGCAGUUGCCGAUAGCUCAGCAGGAGGGAUCUCUUGGUCUACAGCACCAGGUCAUCGAUAUCAGCAACAGCAGCAACUUUGGGAACUCUGCCACAUCUCGAAAGCCAUCUUUCCAUCAGACUGCUAAUUCUCAGCCUCAGCCGGAGAAUGUCAUCGAUCUGCUAUCUAUCGACGAUGAUCCUGCAAGAACUACAACAGGUUAUUCUACGGGUGAUCGACCGGUCCGGUAUCAAAUAGGUCAGACAUCAGGCGAGGAGAUGCUAGUUGCUGCCCCUCCAGGGAAGAACAAAAACAAAGAAAUAAUUGAGAUUAAAGAAGAAGAAGAUGAUGAUGAUUGGGGUGAAUUUAUUGACGGAGCCGAAGAUGCUGGCACUAAGGCCCAGCAGCAGCAACAGCAACAGCCAAUCCCUACCUCGUCGUCAGGGCGCGCUCAGGUAACAGCAGCCUCACCUGGGACCAGCUUGAAUAUGGGGAAAACAGUGACACGCAAGGCAGAAACCAGCACCUCGUCGGUUCGACCUACAAAUAUUCCACCGCCCUCGAUCCUCCUGCCGCUUUUCCCGCCUUUAUUGGAAGAGUCAAGACGAAAAGCGGCAGGUUAUGCAAAGCGGAAGGGAGACGGCAGCAGCCCGCUGCCUGAUGGUGAGUUCGCCAACCAGCUGGUAUCUGAGAUCAGAACCAUGGCCCACGUCGUGUCCGGGCGCCAUCUACGGUGGAAACGAGACCAAAUACUCAGCCAAAGCACUAAAAUAGGCCCCGCCAGGUCUGGACGAUCCGGGGGCAUGAAAUUGAGCAGUGUCAACAAAUUAGAGAAUGUAAAGGAAGAAAAAGAGGCAGUGGAGGUGGUCGAGGCGUGGAAGAGGUGCAGUGGCCUGCUCAACUCGGUGGUUACAUCAAGGGGGAAGAACCCGAUGCCAACCCUGUCGCUGAGCACGCAAGUACGAACUGCUACUGCUGACGAGGGUGCGCUGAAAUCCGCGCAUGCCUGCGCCCUCUGCGGACUGAAGAGAGAAGAGAGAGUGGCCCGAGUCGACGAUGGGGUGAGCGAUAGCUUUGGAGAGUGGUGGCUCGAUCACUGGGGACACGCGGACUGCGAGGCCUUCUGGAAAUCCAAUGCCGCCAAGCUCGAUCAAAGAUGA